AUGCUGCAGCGGUCGACGACGGUCGGGAUAUGCAUGCCGCGGAACAUGGAGCUCGCGUCGCUGCGCGUGAUCGACCCUGAAGACGCCUAUCUGUUACUAUGGGAGCAGGUGACUCUAGUCCUGGGAUUCUACUCCGCUUUAGUCACGCCCUUUGAGUUCGCCUUCCUCGCGGACAGCAUGCCCGUGUGGCUGACGUGGCUUGACGUGGCAGUCAACUUCUGCUUCCUGGCGGAUCUCCUAGUCACGUUCUUUGUCGCAUUCAAAGACAAGCACACCUACACACUCGUUACAAGCCACUGGAAGAUCGCCGAGAGAUACUUAUUAUCCUACUUCCUCACGGACCUGCUCGCGCUCUUCCCUUGGAACACCUUCUACCAGCUGGUAGGUGCCAGUGGGGCAGCCAACCUGCUGCAGUGGCUGCUGUGGACUCGAGUGCUCAGGAUGCGACACCUCUUCAGAUACUUCCACAGGUUACAGCGCGACAUCCGCCUGAGCUACUUCGCAGUCCGCUUCCUGAAGCUGAUCAUCGUGGAGAUGUACAUCACGCACGUCGCCGGCUGCUUCUUCUACUACCUCGCCACCACCAUGCCGCCUGAGGAGCAGGGCUACACCUGGAUCGGCUCCCUCACCCUCGGCGACUUCUCCUAUGAGAACUUCCGAGAAGUGGAUCUGUUCACGAGAUAUGUGACAGCGCUGUACUGGUCCGUGGUGACCAUGGCGACGAUUGGAUAUGGGGAUAUUCAUCCGGUGAACCCCAGGGAGAUGAUCUUUGCCAUGUUCUACAUCACGGUCGACCUCAUUCUUUCGGCCUAUCUUAUCGGAAACAUCACUGCGCUGGUGGUGAAGGGCAGCAACACCACCAAGUACCGGGAGCGCAUGGCGCAGGUCAUCAAGUACAUGAACCGCAACCGCAUUCCCCGAGUGCUGCGCCACCAGAUGCGCCAGCAUGUGCGCCUGCAGUUUGAAACCGACCAGGUGGAGGACAACAUAUUGAACGACUUCCCUGUGAGCAUACGGCACAAGGUGGCGCGGGCUUUAUACCGGCGGCUCGUGGAGCAGAGCUACAUCUUCCAGGGCUGCUCGCCUGAAUUUAUUAACCAGAUCGUGACCAAGGUAACCCCAGAGCACUACUUCCCUUCAGAAGUCGUCAUUCAGCACAGAGACUCCCCCGAGCGCCUCUACAUCAUCUGCUCGGGCAAUGUGGAGGAGACCUCCCCUUCCUCUUCUGCUGACGGCGGCCGGCACUUCUCAGAGCUCGCCACCGGCUCGAUGUUUGGAGAGGUUGCAGUGCUAUGCAACAUUCCACAGCCCUUUGACGUCUCAGUCAUCGAUUUCUGCCAGGUGCUGCGGCUGGAGAGGGAUGAUUUGAACACAGCAAUCAACACCUUCAUGGUGGAUGGGAGGAAGGUAGUCGACAACUUGUUGGAGCGCACAACGGAGGCAGGCAGCAAGUACGCAUUGCUGGCAUCGAAAGCUACCCCCUCGCCCUUCCUCUUCCUGUCUCCCUAUCCCCCUUUUCCCCACCCCACUCCGCAGCGCACAACGGAGACAGGCAGCAAGUACGCAUUGCUGGCAUCGGAAAUCACGUCCCUGAUCGCCCAGCAGGAGGCGGAGCUGACGAUGACGACCAUCUAUGCGGCCUCGCGGGGGGACAUCGAGCAUCUCAAGAGGCUGAUCAAGGCGGGAGCGAAUGCAGGGAAGGCGGAUUAUGACGGGCGCACGCCAUUGCACCUGGCAGCAGCAGGGGGCUAUGAUGAGGUGGUUCGCUUCCUGCUCCUGGAGGGUGCGGAUGUGAACAGCAUGGACAACUUUGGCACCACGCCGCUGCUGGAGGCACUGCGGGCUGGGAAUGACUCGACUGCUAAGAUCCUGACGGAGAAGCAUGGCACUGUGAACCUGCAGGAAGCAGGAACAGACCUAUGUAACGCUGUCAUGCGAGGCGACACGGGGUUGUUGAGGAGGCUGCUGGUCAACGGAGUCAACCCCAAUGCUGCCGACUACGACCUCCGCACGCCCCUCCACAUCGCAUCCGCUGAGGGAUUCGUCCAGGUGGCGCGUCUACUGGUGGAGCACGGUGCUGACGUGGCAGCACUGGAUAGGUGGGGCAAUUCGUCGCUGGAUGAGGCGCGCCGAUGUGGCAGCCUGCCAUUGAUCCACCUGUUGGAGGAGGCCAUGCGGGAACGGGGGCUACUGAUUGGUGGGGAAUCCGUUGAGGAUGGUUCUGAGAGGGAAGGCGGAGAGGAAGGAGCAGGGACAGAGGCGGGAACAGGGGCAGGGAAACCACCAGCAGCAGCUGCUGCGUCUGCUGCUGCAGCAACGGCUGCUACAGCCGUGGCUGCUGCAUCACUCAAUGCCACUGCUGCUGCCGGAGUAUCCUCUAUGCCAGCAGCACCCACUGCAACACCAAGCUCUGCUGCCAUACCCUCUGCUGCUACUCCUGCCACUAAUGCUUCUGGUGCCACCACUGCAGCUUCCUCUGCUGCUCCUUCCACUGCCGCUUUCACUGGUGUGUCUGCUUCAGGCACUGCCAAUGCAGGCACCCCAUCCCCCACCCCCCUCCCCCAUUCACAUUCCGCGACAGCACAGGCCACCGCCCCCCUUCCUCCCCCUUUCCCCAACUCCCACUCCCUCACACGCUCCCACCCGUCCCCCCUCCUCGCCCCUGCCGAUGCGGACUGGGACCGAAUCACCGAGGAUGGCUCGGCAACUCCCCGGAUUGGCAUGUCAGGCUCGGCAACGCCCCUCCUGAGUGGGCCCGGCACGCCCCAGUGGAGAGGAUCGGGAACGUCGCCUGGGAGGGCGCAGUGGAGACCUCCUGGGGGUGGUGGGGUGAGGAGGACAGGUGGCAGGGCUGGAGGGAUGGGGUAUGGCGGCGGCGCUGGCGCCGCUGGUUCAGCUGGUGCGGCCGGCAUGGGAAGAUUGGUUCCUUUGGGACCCAAGAGAAUCACGGUGUUCCCCUUUCCCCCAUGGGAACUGAAGCCUCAAAGAGUUGGGCAGCUCAUGCCACUUCCUCCGUCCAUCCCUGACCUCCUCUCAACGGCUUCCAGCAUUUUUGGCGCGUCUUUUGUGGGUUUGGUUGGGAGUGAUUCAGGGGUCGUAACGGCCGCAGAUUUAAUCAGAGAUGGAGAUAAGUUAUUUUUACUGAAGGAAAAUGAGAUGCGUGGAGACACUUAG